AUGAGCUUUGGCGAGCACACGCGCGACCCUGACAAGGGCCGCUUCGUCGCCCUGGUCAACAAGCUCGUCCACAACCACAACGUCCUCUUCCUCAGCUCGGCGGGCAACGACGGCCCGGCCCUGUCCUCCGUCUCGGCCCCCGGCGGCACCACCGACUCCCUCAUCGGUGUCGGCGCCUACGUCACCCCCGAGAUGCUCACGCAGGCCUACUCGCUCUUGCACUCCGAGUUCGGCUCCAAGCACCCGCCAACCCCGCCCGCCCUGCCAGGUACCUCCACCCCGGUCCGCCACCACCCGCCGGACAAGGGCACGCUGCACCAGUUUGGUAACGACGCCAACGCCGUAGCCGGCGUCCCGUACACGUGGUCAUCGAGGGGGCCGGUCUCGAAUGGCGCUCUCGGCGUGUCCAUCUGCGCCCCGGGGGGUGCCAUUGCCCCCGUCCCGCUCUGGAUGCUGCGCAAGAAAAUGCUCAUGAAUGGAACGUCCAUGUCGUCUCCCUCCGCUGCAGGUGCGGUUGCGGUUAUUGUGUCGUUUCUGAAAAAGAACCGCCUUCCGUACACGUCUGCCUUGAUUCGCAGGGCUAUUGAGAACACAGCAAGGCCAUUGCAACCUCCAGGGUUGGGGCCGUCCCUUGGAGAGAAAUCGAAACUCGCUUCUGCCUCUGGCAAGGGCGAGUCGUCAGACGCCUAUGAGUCUGACUAUUACCAAGAUUUGGUCUUCGCAUGUGGGCGAGGGAGUAUAGAUGCCUCUGCGGCAUGCGAGUAUCUGCAGCAGUAUGCUGCCGCUCGCGAUGCCUCUCGGAAUCUUAACAGUUCUACUGAAGCAGGUCGGACAGCCUCCCUGUCGGACAAGCCGUGUGGUGGUGGUGGUGGCAGCGGCGGAGAGCAUUCUGGUGCCAAGUCUGAGACUUGUACGGAUGGCGGAAGAGAGACACAUUCCUCUCCUGGGAGUGAUCAGGAUCCUGUCUCUCUUGAAGAGUGGCGAAUAUCAAUUCGCGUGGAGGAUGGUUCCCCCGCCCGUCGAGGGUCGAACAGCACCGGAUUCGGACCGAUGAAUACGACACAUGGUAUCUUUCUUCGCGGGACAGCCGAAACUCGGUCCAAGCAGCGCGCCUCAGUUGCCAUUGAAGCAUCCCCCCGAGCGGAAGACUGCCCACAGACAAAGAGGGCCAUAGCGAGCAUAGAGGCGACCAUAAUCCUUGAAUGCAAGGCUUCGUGGGUCGAAGUGCCAUCGUCUCUUGUUCUCCUUGGGGGUGGGCGGCAAUUCCCUGUUUUCGUCGAUCCUGUGGAGCUGUCAAGUGGUCGCGCUCACUUUACAGAAAUCCUUGGCUUCAUGCGUUCUGAAGAUGGGUUAUCUGGUCAAAAGGGACCUCUUUUCCGGGUUCCCGUCGUCGUACAUAAACCAGAGCCGCUUGUCGACGGCUUAAUGAUAAACCCUCUUCGAGAAGUCUUGUUUGCACCGGGAUCUGUGGUUCGCAGAUUUUACGAGGCUCCCGUGGGGGCAACGUACGCGUUGCUGCGCAUUGUGACUGGAAGUGCGACGUUUCUCGGUGUCGGGAACGACCGAACAGGCAGUAUGGAUGGUUAUGCAGAGUUCUCGGAUGUCUCUGGACGACCACGGCAAACGUCCGAGUAUGGAACAGUUACGUCGAUGAAAUCGAGAACGGCUGAUGCAAGCUUUCGUGACGCCUACCACGUGUCAUCAAAUGUCAAAAUGACGGAAUCGGCAAAAGCUGAAGAUGCGCCCAGCGACAAUAGGGCAUACAGCGACAAUCUCACGACCAAGUCCAGCGUUGUGUUAGGGAGUGCUGACGCAAGGAACUUCGUCGCGCAUAUUGUGCAGAUAAGCCCGCGCAAGCAUUGCGCCGAACUUGAAACUCGCCAAAACUUCACCCUUCGACCUGGAACUGUGAAAGAAUCUAUCGUUCAAGUGCAGGGAGGAUCAGUGUUGGAACUAUGCUUGGCACAGGUGUGGUCAUCGCCUGGACUUUCGCUCAUAGACCGAGUGGAACUUGUCUUUGGGGGUGUCGUUCCCAAUCCAAACGUGGUGCAUGCUUCCGCAGGGGCAUCUUGCUUUCCUCGUGUCGAAGCGGUCAGAUAUUUACCAUUCUUGUCCUCUCUGGACAAUUGCCCGACAUUAAUAUCUGGGUACACUCCACGUGGGAGCUUAACACAUAUUCAACGUGUCUAUGCCCCUAGCAAGGGGAAGAUCCGCACACUGGGCGGAAGAGACGUGCUCCCAGAAGUCGGCGUCAUCUCUCAGUUGCAACUGGAGUACAAGUUUGAGGUUUUCGAUUCUUCCUCGUCUGUAAAAUUGAUAUUCCCAGGUUUGAAUCGGACUGUCUAUGAAAGCGAGAUUGACGGAGGCCCGUUUGUUCUCGUACACGACAAGAACAACCAGUUCCUCUUCGCCUCCGAUAUCUACCCGCAAACUCGCACUCUGACGAAAGGCGAAUACUCUGUGACCGCAUACCUGCGCCACGACCGGGUCGAUCUACUCGAGGGACUUCGAGAACAAAAGUUAACUGUAGAAUUUAAGCUCUCGUCUGAAAUAGUUUUGGAAGCAUUCGAGAGCGCCCAUGCGGCAUCGAUGGGCAUCGAAGGUCGUAGGUCAUCACGCAGUACGGCAUCUCUUGAAUGCGGGGAGCGAAGGGCUUUUUAUUUCGGGCUACCAAAGAAAUCUGCACUUCCCAAGUGGAUAGCUGGGGGAGACAGUGCAGUUGGGAAAAUGUCUGUGGAUAAGUUGCUGAAUGGAAGUGGAAACAGCGUAAGAAAAGGUAGCGAUAUACCCUCAUACAAGUUGUCCCUCGCGAUCGGCCCGAAUGCAGGCAGUUCGCAAAAGAGUGACUCAGCGAGGACGCCUCUUCGGUCAAGUGAGAAUGAUGAGGCGACUGAAAUGGACAAAAACAGUGAGAAGCUUGAAGACGAAGACAAAAGGGAGGAGCCAGAUCGCAAUGAUGAGGACAAGGUGGUUGAUAGCGAAAAGUCAGAGCCGAACGGAACAAUCAAAGGAGAUCCUUUCCAAUGGUUUGAGGAAGCGGUCAGAAAAUUGAAGGUCAAGCGUCUGCGCUCGUUGCUGAAAAGGCGAAAGAUUUCAGAGUUUGAAAUCUUAUAUCAAUCCAUGGAAGAAAAAUAUCCUAGAGACAUUGAACUAGUUCUGCUCGGACUCGAGAAACUUGACGUGCAGGGGUGUUCUGAAUCGCGAAAGAACAAGGGGUCAGAUGCACACAAAGAAAUUUUGAAAGACUUGGCAAGCAAGGCUGAUAAGGUGAUUAGUCGUAUGGAUGCAUGUGGAAUUGCAACUCACUUCGGGAUGAUGAUAGACCCCGAAUCGAAGGAGGAAGCUUGUCAAAGAAAGAAGUUUGAGAAGAAGAAAGGGCAGCUAGUAGAAGCGUUGUUCAGGAAAGCACGUGCUCUGUGUGAACUUUCCAACUCUGAUGUUUCUGCUGACAUGGCAAGUACAGGCAUAGGAUCAAGCACUGAGAAGGACGAGUACAAGGGCGAUGAAAGCGUGGCAAAGGCAGCACCGGACGAUUUCGAAAAUGCGAUCAAGCAGCUGUGCCGAUGGGUGACACUAGAUGGGAAAGGGUCUAUUCCGGGGUCGUCAAGGAGCGCGACUCUCCGCGACGGCUCUGUGACAAACGAGGAUUUACUGCUACUUGCUGCGAAGCGCGAGGUGCGACGAAAGCGGUGCGGCGUUGCGUUGAAGCUGAUGGACACUUUCUACGGAGCGCUACCAUCGAAGACAAUAGAGUCGAAGGAAAUGUCGGUUUUUAAGGAAACACUGUUGCAGACUCUGGAGUGGGAGCAUUUGAAGGAGGCCGAGUUCUGCACAAGGGUAAUGAAGUUCCCCAACCAUCGGGCACCAUAUUGAAAUGGGAGUGCGCAGGUGGGCACAAGCCAUUUUACCUGUGGGACGCAGACUGGGAGCGGGAGAUAUGCUGGGUCGUAGAGAGCGUGUGAGGCGAUGUUAGGGCAUAUGGAGGACAUCUGCCACAGUUUUGACGAAAAUAAAGUCGGCUUCGUCCA